GUCGCUGUCGCUCUACUUGGUCAGUCGCGCCAACGGUCCGGUCCGGUCAGGCGCUGUCGCGACGCUACGUUCUCGGAUACGCGAUCGCGCUUUCCACGCUUUCGUCCGCGAGAUUCGGCUUUUGCCAUUCGCGAGAUAAGCCAGCUCGUAAUCUCAUCUCACCGCGAGUCGCGUCCCGCGUCGUUUCGCUGGCACAAUUAGAGAUCAGAUCUCCGUUUUGUCCUUCCCGACUACGUUCCUCGACGCUCUCCUUAUCUUUCUCUCCUAUCGCUCCUCCCGUUAUCUCUCACCUCCUUUCGCUGUGCGAGCGGAAAUCGGUAUAAAUGUGAUAUCCCGUGAGCAUCUUUAGAUACUUUCUUCCUUUUCCUCCUUUUCCUUCCGGCCGGAGAGAUAACGCAUCUCUCUCCUUCUCUCUCGGAGACGUAAAGGUAUGAUCGAGCAGGUGCAAAGCAGGCAGAGUUGAGGGCCCGAAUCGUAGAAUGCCGGCGAACUCGCGCGGAACUCGCACAGCCGACUGCCUGCUUCGCACUUGUCCGAUUUUCACCCUCAUCGUCCAGCCAUUCGCGAUCAUAUUCGAUUUUCAUUCGCUCAUCGCGGAGAUCGGGCGAGACCGACGAGCUUCGGACACUUUUCUCGCAGACCGAUGGUUCGACGAGAGGAGUUGUCUCCGUGAAAUUCGCUUCCCUCGUCGGAGGUCCGCUGCGCGGACCGGGAAUUUGCGCCCGCAAGGAAAGUGCUCCGAAAACGCUCCGUUAGAAAAUGUCGCUCGAUCGUGCGUGAAAGACCGAAGAGGAAGGUCUCGGAUACCUUCCGAAUUCUUAUCGUCCUUAAUCUUUCAGUCGCGAGCGUUGCAUAAGAUUCGGACAAUUCCAGCUUGAAAUACCAUGCUGUCCGUGUUGUCAUUGUAAUCAUCUGCGGCAUUCCGCGCUCGUUUUACACCGCUCGGUCUCGCUCCGCUAUUAGCGCGCAUCGGUUUCUCCUUGUCCUCCUCCUCCUCCUCCGUCUCGUCAGCAGCCACAAAUUCAUAUGCAAAUAAGUCAUUUGCGAGCGAAACCGCAGGCAUACACACGAGGUACAGCACCCCCUACGACCGCGCGUCAUCGUCUUUGUUUCGCAAAAAGUGUGCACGAGCGUACAGCAGCGAAAAGCAGGACGGGAACUCGCUCGCUCGUUUCGCGAGCUUCUUCUGCGUUGUCGCCAUCGUCUUCCCUCCCGCGGCCCGAAUGUCGCUCAUCUCCGUCAUCGAGCCGGUGGAUGACAAAGAGCCACCAGUUGGCCGGUUCGCCACCAGAAGGAAGAGCGUCUUCGCCGAGACUUACAAUCCCGAGGAGGAUGAGGAGGAUGACGGCUUCAAGAUGGUCCAUCCAAAGAGCGACGAGCAGCGGCAGAGGCUCAGCGAAAGCGUCAAGAACAUACUCCUGUUUCGCGCCCUAGACGAGGAACAAAUGGCGGAUGUAUUGGACGCGAUGUUCGAAAAAACCAUUCAACCGGGAGAAUUUAUUAUCCGACAGGGCGACGAUGGUGAUAACUUUUAUGUGAUCGAGAGAGGAAAAUUCGAAGUUUACGUGAAGGAUCCCACGGGGGUGGACACUCUCAUUCACACUUACGAUAAUCGCGGUGCUUUCGGAGAACUGGCCCUUCUCUACAACAUGCCCAGAGCAGCCACUGUCAAAGCCAUCACGCCCGGCACCCUCUGGGCCAUGGACAGACAAACCUUCCGACGUAUUCUUCUCAAAUCCGCGUACAAGAAACGUAAAAUGUACGAAGACCUCAUUAACAAAGUGCCGAUGCUGAAAUCCCUCGAGUCUUACGAGCGCAUGAAUUUGGCGGACGCCCUCGUACCUAAACAGUAUUCCGACGGUGAUCAAAUAAUCAGGCAGGGCGACACGGCGGACGGAAUGUACUUCGUCGAGGACGGCAUCGUCAGGAUCACUAUACUCGGCGAGAACGGCCGUGAAAUCGAGAUUAAUCGUGUUCCGGCCGGCGGUUAUUUAGGCGAACUGGCACUCGUAACGCAUAAACCACGUGCUGCUUCGGCCUACGCUGUGGGGGACGUCAAACUGGCAUUUUUGGACGUUGAAGCAUUCGAGCGUCUGCUCGGCCCGUGUAUGGAACUUAUGAAACGUAAUAUUGACGAUUACGAGGAUCAACUAGUCAAAAUUUUCGGCAGCAAAACCAACAUCUCGGACAUCCGAUGAAUUGUCCCCGGGCAGCUCAUCGUCGCCGCGCUGCUGUACUAAAGACACGACUCGCCUUUCGUACAGCGAUAAUAACGUAAUAAGGAGCACAAAAGAACUUGUACCACCUACUUCUGAAUCUCAUCCGCGUGUUUUCGAACAUCAUCUCUCAGAGUCGACUUUCGUAUUGACUAUUCACCUAGACGUAUACCGAUGUAAGACUCGUCGAUGAUAGUUACCAAGUUUAUACCUGUGACACACACACACAUUGAACGAAAGAAGGAAAAACAAAAGCUGUAGUAGGCUGCUCUCCGACGACCGUGUGUGUAUGCAACACGACUGCACGGCGAAACGCGGUAUUAUAUAACGUAUUCUCCAAGACUGUAUGUGCUAGAAUGAAUGAGAGAGCGUUUAGCGCAUUCUGCCGCCCGCUCGGUCGUUCGCGAAAGUCGUUCGCGAGUAUUUUCCGAUGUUCUCUCAACAGAUCUUUUGCGUUCGCACCGUCCUUGUUGUCGUCGAUCCCGGAGACGUCGAGAUUUGAGAUCCACAGCGGCGUUCUGUUAUCCGAAUUAUUAUCCCCGGGACGAUUCGAUGUCACAAACGUGUCCUCGAUGUAUAUCUCUCAACCUAUGCACACGACCAUACACCCGCGCGUUGUCCAUUUUUAAUCGGCAGUUUUUUUUUUGUCACACGACAUCUCCAAAGACCCGGUAUAUUCGAAAUCGCAUGCUUUUCUCCUCGACCUUCUCCCCUCUUGAAUUAGAUUUGCAAGAGAAACGAUUGCUUAACAAUUACGCGUUGAGGCGAAUCUCACGGGAAUAUUAGAGAAAAUACCUAUAAUAUGCAUAUCACUCUCCCAGAGAUAAUGAAAGUAACAUAUUGCCGUCGUUGAACCAAAAAAAAAAAAAGAGUAAAAGAGACGGGGAACUGUACAACUCUUUGAUACCUCCACAUUCAGCACACACAAGAAAUGAUAUCUUGAUAAAAUAUCAGAUUCGACAAUCAACGUUUUCUCAAUGAUUCGUUAUAAUUUAUUUAUUAGACGCGCAAACCGCACUUUACGAGUGAAUAUACGCACAUAAGCCUACAUCAACACACGUCACACACGCGGCGCACACGUUCGCGAUAAAAUAAUUUCUAAGCACAAUAAUAUAUUUAAUAUUCUCCACCUGUAAUAGUAUUUUCAUUCCAUUUUUUUUUUGUUACAAUUACUACUUCUCUGUGUGGAGUAUUUUAUUAACAAUCGUUGCUUAUGUUUACGAUGGCUUUUAAUCGGGCAUAAUUAGAUGAAUCUCUCCGUGGCGUCAUCGAUGAUUUCAUCGUAAUCCGCAUGUCUCACGUGUUUUGACUCAACUUUUACGCUUCGCACAAGACACAAGAUAUGUGAGUUUCAGCCAAAUCGGCGAGGACGCUUCAGAGGGAUUACUUAUAAUUAAUUAUGAUCGAAGUAAAUUAGGACGCACACAGUAUUUCGUACUAUAGUAUUUCGUACUACUAUAGCUUCCUAUUUAAGAGAAAAUAUCAAUCAUAUUCUAAAAUCGCACAGAUUUACUCCCAAGUCUCAGAAGGUAGGCACAUACUUUAUUUCGUUGAUUUACAACACCGUUGAAGCGCGCCGCGCAGUUUUUCUCGCAUACUUUCGUCACGCUAAGAUGUCACCUCAAGUAGAAUCAGCGAUCUACAAGACUCGUUUGUUUACCGUCGAAAGAUCGAUAACGCGAUUGCCAGACUUGUACAAACGCAUUCUAUUUCGGAUUUAGAACGACGUUCUACUACACGCGUAGAGAAUCCAAGAUUAGCGAGUCUUAAGUUUGGCUUAGGCGCGCGGACGCGUAGCGAUGCGUAGCAAUGCGUUGCGAGGCGAGCAAGCAUUCGUCGUGUGCAACGGGCUUCGCAUGCCUGCGUGUAUAUACAUGUGUAUACGCGCAAAAAUGAUGUUGAAAGAGAAAUGCACACUUACAACGACUCGCUGCACAUGUGCAAAUACGAUCGCUACGAACAAUGCAAGAAAGACACGUUUUACGUAAUUGCUCGGCGAUAAUGCGAGGUAGUGCUCGUUGAUAGCCGGAUAACACGAAUGUCUCAAAUACGUUUUACAGACGUCUGAAAGAUAUCUGGAAUGAGUGAGACAUCUUUUAGACAUUUAUGCUGUCUAGAUGUCGUCGUUCGCGUGGAAAUGAAAAGAACAAAACGUGAAUUUCAGCGUGGUGAUCCGUGACGCGUGUCAAGCAAACGUCACAUUCAAGUGUGUCUCGCCGAUAAAUCGUGGUAACGAAAUCGAUCAAUGAAAAUCCGUCAACUUAUUUUUAUUACGUGUACGUACGAUAUACACGUUAUACAUAUAUAUACACACACACACACACACAUAUAUGUGUGUGUGUGUGUGUGUAUAUACAUGUAAACGAUAUACGUCUGUCGUCGUGAUAGGAAAGUUCACUCUGGAACUCGAUUCGAUUGUUAUACGAACAAGUGCGAAUGCUAGUCACUUUUUACGACCGUGUGCCAUCGUCGCGAUCUCCUCCUAACGGUCACGCUCGGUCAAAG